CAGCGCGCAGACACCGCUGGGUCGGCAGGGCUCGUCGGGUUGCGCGGCACUUGCGGCGCAGACGGAGCGGCAAGGCGCGGGGGUGGCCCGGCGGGGUCCUCGCGGGUCCUCGGCGGGCCCGGGGGACGGCCCUCUUUGUGGCUGCAGUUGGCAAGAUGGCGCCAGUGGGGGUAGAGAAAAAGCUGCUGCUGGGCCCCAAUGGGCCCGCGGUGGCUGCCGCCGGCGAGCUGACCAGUGAAGAGGAGGAGGGCCAGAGCCUGUGGUCCUCGAUCUUGAGCGAAGUGUCCACCCGCGCCAGGUCCAAGCUGCCGUCCGGCAAGAACAUCCUGGUCUUCGGUGAGGAUGGUUCUGGUAAAACAACGCUCAUGACUAAACUACAGGGAGCAGAGCAUGGCAAAAAAGGAAGAGGCCUAGAGUAUCUUUACCUCAGCGUCCAUGAUGAGGACCGAGAUGAUCAUACACGCUGCAAUGUGUGGAUUCUGGAUGGAGACCUCUACCACAAAGGCCUGCUGAAGUUUGCAGUUUCUGCCGAAUCCUUGCCAGAGACCGUGGUCAUUUUUGUUGCAGACAUGUCUAGGCCUUGGACUAUAAUGGAAUCUCUACAGAAGUGGGCAAGUGUUUUACGUGAGCACAUUGAUAAAAUGAAAAUUCCACCAGAAGAAAUGAGAGAGCUAGAACGGAAGUUUGUGAAAGAUUUUCAAGACUAUAUCGAGCCAGAAGAAGGUUGUCAGGGUUCCCCACAGAGAAGAGGGCCUCUGAGUACAGGCUCCGAUGAAGAAAACGUUGCCCUGCCUCUGGGUGACAAUGUGCUGACUCAUAACCUGGGGAUCCCAGUGUUGGUGGUGUGCACAAAGUGUGAUGCAGUAAGCAUCCUGGAGAAGGAGCAUGAUUACAGGGACGAGCACCUGGACUUCAUCCAGUCGCACCUGCGGAGGUUCUGCCUCCAAUAUGGAGCUGCCUUGAUUUACACAUCAGUGAAAGAAGAGAAAAACCUCGACUUGUUGUAUAAGUACAUUGUUCACAAAACAUAUGGAUUCCACUUUACUACACCUGCCUUAGUUGUGGAAAAGGAUGCAGUUUUUAUACCGGCAGGCUGGGACAAUGAAAAGAAAAUAGCUAUUUUACAUGAAAAUUUUACAACUGUGAAACCAGAAGAUGCAUAUGAAGAUUUUAUUGUGAAACCUCCUGUAAGAAAGCUGGUCCAUGACAAAGAGUUGGCAGCAGAGGAUGAACAGGUAUUCCUAAUGAAGCAGCAGUCACUCCUAGCCAAGCAGCCGGCCACACCCACAAGAGCUUCUGAAUCCCCUGCAAGAGGACCCUCUGGCUCUCCAAGGACCCAGGGCCGGGGAGGGCCAGCCAGUGUGCCUAGCGCUUCCCCCGGCACGUCUGUAAAGAAACCAGACCCAAACAUCAAAAAUAAUGCAGCAAGUGAAGGGGUGUUGGCCAGCUUCUUCAAUAGUCUUUUGAGUAAAAAAACAGGUUCUCCUGGAAGUCCUGGUGCUGGUGGUGUGCAGAACACAGCUAAGAAGUCAGGACAAAAGACUGUGUUGUCAAAUGUUCAGGAAGAACUGGAUAGAAUGACUCGAAAACCAGACUCCAUGGUAACAAACUCUUCAACAGAAAAUGAAGCCUGAUCUUCCUUAAAAUGCACAUAUCAAAUGACCAAAUAACUAUGUAUAUUGAUCUGCUAAGACCAGGAUUUUUCUGAUAUGGCACAUGCUAUUGGUUUUUUGGGGUAGGGGAGAUGAACUUUUAAAAAAAAAACUUCAUUGGCUUGUCCCAAGUGUGAAGUGCACAUUUAGGAAGGUUAUGUGUCAGAACCCUUGUUAAGGAUAACCCUUGGACUCUUCAGGCAUGUAGCUGUCGUGUGGGAAGAGCACAGCUGGGCUUGUAGAACAGAGAAAGGGAGCCCACUUUCCAUCAGGGCGGAGCAGACCAGACCAGGAAAUCAUUGAUCAGAUGGUGGUUCGUCUGACCAGUUGUGUAUUAGCAAAUUCACUUGUUCUUGGGAAGCAGAUUAAAUAGCAGGAAGUCCAGGGAAGAAAGACUGAAAGAAGAAUGAGAAAAGUGAUGGUGGGAAGCUGGACGUUGAGGGAGGUGAAGGAGGAGAAUAAGCAGUGUUAGCAAAUACUGAGCUCAGUAGAGUCAAAUAAACAUUGUUUAAGACUUAAAAUUAGAAGCAUUUCCAAGCUAAACACUAAGCAAAAUGGGAAUUAGACUUGUCCUAAAGGCAUCUUUUUAACUUAAGGAAGAUGUGUUAAAUGUGGGGUGCCUGAGUCAGGUGGGGCUGACACAGGGGUGGGGAAGAUGGCAGCUGCCCAGUACCCACAUGCUUGGCCCAGGCCGUGUGCCUGUGGAGAUCCUGGGCUCCAUGCAUGUGUAUUAUGAGGCAGGCAGUCACUGUGGGCUGUGUUCAAAGUCAGCAGAUACAAUAUUAGUUUACUUUGAAUUAUGUUUUCUAAAUAGCUCCUGCUUUGUUUUUUAAAUUAAAUUUUUUGUUUUUUGUUUUUUGUUUUGUUUUUUUACGACCGCAGGCUAGCCUACUAAUAGGAAAUGGUGAUCAACCUCUCAUUUAACCAUAAUGCAAUGUGUUACAGAAAGUUUAGAGGAGGUUGUCAGUGUCAUUGUACUCUGGUUAAUUAUCUUGCACCAAUCCCUGCCUUAUAGUCUGUGGAAACCUUCACAGAGUUCCACUCAUGUAAAAGGAUCUUGUCCUAGUACCCUGGGCUGAUCAGUGUAUCAGAUGGACAAUAAGUGUGAAUGUUUUAUAUUGAAAAAUGAAACAUUUAUUUUGUGUUUUUCAUAAAAUGUAGCUUUUUUUUCUUACGGAAGUGAAAGUUUCAGCUGUCUCCCCAUUUAGGGCAAAUUUAUCCACAUUGUCCUGUCAUACCACCAUUCUGGAAAUGAUUUCUGUGGAUUUGAAAUGGCACUUUGGAUUUUAUAUAUGACACAGCAUUUAAAUGCAAACACUAAUCUGAAUUUCAUGUAUAAAACAUUUGUUUUCAAACCAAGGGAAAACCACAGUUCACUUAAGUGGAGUUUACUUUUUUUUAUGAAUGUUUGUUGUACUGUGUCUCAGCCUAACUUCCCUAAUGUUAUUACUUUUACAGACCAGAUUUGACUGACCACUAACAUAAUACUCGGCAUAAUUUAUAUCCUGUGUUAUAUAACAAAACUCUUCAGACUAUCUUGAAUUGCUUUUAUAAGGUCUGAACACUGUUAAGGAGAAAGUUGUGUAUUUACUUGCCUUUUUGACAAAAAGACGUUUAUUGUGCCAGGUUUAUUGGUGAAAUACACUGUUUUUUCCCUUUUUUUAAUUGUUUUUUUUUUUUUUUUAAAGUAUUGUGGCUUCCAAUUACCAGGUUGUCUAGGUGAUGACAGUAAACUGACUGUGGAGCAAUAGUUGUGUAGUGAUGAGUAGAUGCCAGACAGUUUAUGGCCACACAAAAGGUGGGGUCACUUAAUCUUUCUAGCAGCUGGGGGCAGAAUGAGUGAUCACAGAAACAAGAAGGAAUUUUUGGAAAGGCACAUGUCUAAGAGGGAAACAGUAUGAUUUUAAAUUCGAAUGCAAAAUUUAAAUUUGUAUCAUUUGAACUGAGAAGCACUUUUUGGGUCAUUGUAAAACGUACUACAACCGACAAAAUGCUAAGAUGCCGGUUUUUUGAAGGAAGGUUUUUUGGAGACCACUUUUAUUCUCAUGACAAGUGGACACUUCUGGUAUCAGAAGAAACUGAUGCAUGGUGUCAUGUGCUCAGUGGUUGCCAAAGUCUACCAACUUUGGGGAGCUUCAGGGUUCUUUUGGGGGAGUGGGAGGGAGAUGAUUUUUAUUAUUUUAGGGUUUUCAGGCAUUGGAACCAAAGGCCAAGUAAUAAGCAGCCUUUACUUUUUAAAAUAAAAUUCAUUUUAUUUGCUGAAUACACUUGUAUGGUAGAUGGUUAAUUUAUAUACUUAUAGUGGUUAUAUCUGCUGUUUGUCUUUAAAAUUUAAAAAACAGACCCAACCUAGAAGAUAUGGCCCAGACAAAGGCCAUGGAUUGGUCUUUCCUAAAAAUGCAACAGUUAUGCUGCUAGAUUAUUUUAUUUUGUUUGCACUUUCUUUUUUGGGGAUUGGCAUUUUAAAAUCACUAUUUAAACUGAAGAAAUUGUUGUGUUUUAUUUAACGAAGUUGAAAAUGACUGCUCUGUACAUCAUGACCUUAACAAUGUUGAUGCUGUAAGUGAAAGUUCACUGUCGUCUCUAUGCUAAGUUCAUUGGUGUUCUUAAUUUAAAAUUAGGACUGCAGAUUAUCCCCAACCAGCCUUAGUCCAGGGUGUGGCUCUAUCCAGGUGCGGUAUGCAGUCAUGUGGAACCUUGCUUUCUAGCAGUGGAAAAAAAAGAUGUCUCUAAUUACUGGCUUCAAUAAACACGAAUCCAGACUGCUUACAA